AUGCCCUGGGUUGACACGCGCCGCAAGGUGAGAAGCGUCUGCCGCCGGGUGUGGGCGAGACUCGCAGAGUCAGGUCCACGUCCGCCAGAGCCUGUGGUAGACGAGCCUGAGGAGGUCCUCCCCUUCCUCCCAGAUCCGCGCCCCCGAUGCAUCACGCCGCCGCCCUCCGCCGCGCCUCCGCGUCAAGAGCAAUGUCUCUUCUUCCGCAAACUGCCACCCGAGAUACGGAUCCAGAUAUACAAUCAUGCGUUCGGCAACCAGACCUUGCACAUGGACCUCGAAUACACCUGGCCUGACAAACCCAGAUCAAGAGUCGCUGACGAGAACGGGGGCACGCGACGACACUGCGCAAUAGCACCCAAUGCGAAUUUUCCGGCCUAUCGCAAACUCGACAGCAAGCAGCCAAGGGCGUGGCGCUGGUGGGGCAGUGUGUGCCAUAGAGAACCGCCGCCGCACAAAUUGUCCGUGAUCCAUCGCUGGGACGAGGAGCCUGCACCGUGGGUCGACAAUUGCCGGAACGGCCGCGUGAAGUACUGCGCGGCGUGGGGAGGCGCGUGGCCUGAAAGGUGCCAGACUGGUGUCAUGGGCUGGCUUCUGAGCUGCCGCCUGGCGUACGUCGAGGCCAUUGACAUUUUAUACCGCCAAAACACCUUGCACAUAGACAGCCAUGCGAUUUUCGAAAACCUCGACCAGCUCUUCCUCGCGCAGCGCUUGUCAUGCAUCUCCUCGUUGGAGAUCAAGUACAACACGAACAUCCUUACGGAGAGUUGGGGGUUGUAUCCGUACAUGGAGGCGGUCUGCGGGAUACAGCGUCUCUUUCGGGCCCUUACAUCUCAACUUCCAAGCCUCCGCACUCUCCACCUCACCAUCACAUCUGUGUAUGAUCUUGGAACGCCGGUGAACUUUAAGCUUUUUUUCGAGGCCGCGGACAAGUUCGUUGUUGACAAUCCUGCCUUGACACGCUUCACGCUGUCCAUACCGCGAGCCGCCUUUCAGCAUCUGUGGGUCGAAGCACAGACGAAUAGAGCGCCGCAACACGAGGAUGGUGGCGUCGAGACGGAAACCUUUCGGUUUCUCAACGGCACCUACGGAUUCACAGAUCAAGACGCCCAGGAGACAGGCCUCCGUUGGAAGCGCGAUCGCCCGCUGCGGUCCAACUUCAAGGAGUGCGACAAUGGGUACUGGGUUAUUGAGGGCCAGAAGAGCCCUUUUCGAUUCAACUUUUAG